AUGGAUGGAAGUGCUGAGAAUGCUAGUACUAGUAUUCAAAUUAAUUUAGUAAUUGAUUAGUAAUGCAAUUCCAUCAGAGUUAAUGAAUAGCAAAAAUAAGUCAUUUAAUAAAUUAAACAUCUUGCUGGACAAGGCUCUCAUAUGUAUGUAACUAUCAAUCUAUUUCAAUUUUUAAUGACUACAAUUGUAGUUUUCACAUUUCACUUAUAUUUUCAUUGCUUCCUUAUUAUUAUUUUAGUACCGGAUAUCUAGAGCUUCCAACAUAAUAAAUAAAUCAAUAUAAAAAGAAAAAGUAAGACCAUUUUCAAAUCAAUCUCAAUUCUAACCCAUAUAUCGAACAUUUAUUUUUUCUUAUUAUUUUUACAUAGUAAGUUUUUACCGCCAAACUCAAUCACUCCACUCAUAUUCACCAAGAAACUGCCACAAGGAGGACAAUAUAGAUUCAAAGGAACUUAACCAUUGUGGGUCAACGCAUUAGAGAGUCUUCUAAGUGUGGUGGUCCAAUUGUAUUAUAAGAGUGAUCAAAAAUUGGCAGAGUUUAUGAAAGAAAAAGGCCUGAUAGAUUCAAAGAAAGAACUCAAGCAGGAAAAGAAACCUGGAAGAAAAAAGAAGAUCCUCGAUAAUGAUUCACCAAAUCAGGAAUAAACCGAGCAAUAGCAACAACAGUCCACUAAUAUCAAUGUUUAUUCUCUGCUUUAAUAAGAUGUCUUAGAUAUCCUUAUAUCUCCAUUAAGAAAUGAUUUUGCAUUUGAAACCUGGACACCUAAAGAAAUCGCUAUAUUUGAAUGCGGACUCUGCAGAUAUGGCAAAUAGUAUGAAUUCUUAUCCCAUCUUAUUAAAACUAAAAAUGCUCAAGACAUCAUCUAAUUUUAUUACUUUUGGAAAUUCACAAGCCAUUAUAAAUUAUGGAAAAUUAAUAAGGCAUAUUAUCAUCGCAGUAACCUAAAUAAUUAUGUUUGA